GUAGUACCCUCUCUAAAUUACAUAUAAUAUUACCCUGAAAAAUUAGACACAGUUUCUACUUUCUAUACCUAAAACUUGAAUUCCGAAUCACCAUCACCAUCCCAACAAGGCCCCAACAAUUUGGAUAUUAAAUUCCCAAAUCCCUUCAUAAACAAUUGCUUAAAAAAGAAUCACUUUCAUUCCAUUCCCUAAUAUCUUCGCCAUUGAACCCUCUCACUCUCACUCUUUCUCUUGCGCUACCAAUUUCUCUCAACCCCAUCCAAUCCAUCAUCAUCAUUUGACAAAAUCAAACCACCUUCAUCAUCACCUUCCCUUACCUUUCAAGCUAACCCCAACACAAACAUGGUACACAAAUACAACAACACAACCACAUUAUUACAUUAACAACAACAAAAAAAACAAGAUGAAGAACCGUUAUCCACUCCAACAGAGAAAGCUAUUAAUCGGAUUAGCCAUCAUUGGAUUAAUCGGAGCACUACUAUUCAUCGCCACCGCAAUCACCGCCUCCGACACAUCCUCAUUACACUGUCCAAUCUCAACCGGAAUCCGAGCCAGAUCAAACGACGACAGUAACAACAACCCAACACCGAUCCAGCUCCAAUCAAUACUCCACUACGCCACCUCCCGCGUCGUCCCUCAACAAUCCGUCUCCGAGAUCAAGAUCAGUUUCGAUGUAUUGAAAUCCUACAACCGUCCCUGCAACUUUCUCGUCUUCGGACUCGGCCACGAUUCUCUCAUGUGGGCCUCGUUUAACCCAGGUGGCCACACGCUCUUCCUCGAAGAAGAUCCUCGAUGGGUUCAAACCGUUCUCAAAGACGCUCCGGGCCUCCGGGCUCAUACCGUCCGUUACCGAACGCAGCUCCGUGAAGCCCACAAGCUCAUCAUAUCGUACCGCGCUGAGCCCAUGUGCUCUCCUUCUAAAGCCUUCCUACGUGGCAACAAAGCUUGUAAGCUCGCGCUGGAGAAUCUACCGGAUGAAGUUUACGAGACGGAGUGGGACCUUAUCAUGGUCGACGCGCCUAAAGGGUACUACGCGGAGGCGCCGGGACGUAUGGCCGCCGUGUUCUCCGCUGCUGUUAUGGCGAGGAAUAGAAAGGGAUCUGGUGUGACGCAUGUUUUUCUGCAUGAUGUGGAUCGUAAAGUGGAGAAAGCUUAUGCUGAAGAGUUUCUUUGUAAGAAGAACAUGGUUAAAGGUGCUGGGAGGCUUUGGCACUUCAAGAUACCACCGUCAAACAACACCGAUGAUACUCGUUUCUGUUAAACUAUAAUCACUGUUCAUCAUCAUCUUCUUCUUCUUUUGCUUUGUUAUCAGAGAUAGAAACAAACAGUUACCAUUAUCAUGUGUUACAGAUUUACGUUACAUUUUUUUGUUCAAAGAAAAAAGUUUAUUUUUUUUUAUCAUUACAAUAAUACUAUGUUGUUUUGUAUUAUUACAUGUUGUUGUUACAAAAUUUGGUGAAAAAGGGAAUCACCGACGUAGAGAUGAUUGGAGAUGAUGACAUUGCCACUGCACCUUCCUAUUCCCGACAAGAAUGGUCACAUGGGAAUAAUCUAUUUUACUUUUCUA